CUACUGUCCGUCACUGCGGUCCGUAACAGGUAGUAUGGAUAGCAUCAUCAAGUCUAUUAAUAUAUAUGCCUUUUAGCUGGGUGCCUGAUUUUUUUUUUCACAAUACCUAAUUUUCUAAAAUGUCGUAUCUCGAAACGAAGUUCAGAACAAUCGAUGGUGUUGAGCUCCAUGGACGGGUGUAUGCAGCCUCCAAGCCGGGGCCGGGAAUUGUGAUGUGCCCGGGUUUCAAUUGCGUCCUCGCCAUGCUCAACCUCCCUGACUGCGCCUCCUCCCUCCAAAACCACGGCAUCACCACCCUCCUCUACGACCCCCGCAACACCGGCUCCAGCGGCGGCCACCUCCGCAACGACAUCGACCCCCCACAAGCCAUCAGCGACAUCUCCGACGCCCUCACGCACCUCCUCUCCCUCCCCUCCGUCACCCCCUCGCAAGCCGGGCUCUUCGGGAUCUCCUUCGGCGGCAGCGUCGCCCUGACCGCCUCGGCUCUCGACCCGCGCCUCGCAUUCACCGUUGCCGUCGCCCCGCUGACCGACUUCGACUUCGCGUCCUUUGCGCAGCGGCGGCGCGUCCUGCUGAAGUGCGCCAAAGACCGCGAGUCCCAGGUCCUCGGCAACGAGCCCUUCAAAGUCCCGGUGAUAAACAAAGACGGCGAGAACGCGGUCGGCUUCGGCCACGGCAUCGACGCCGAGAAGUGCGGGAGGCUGGUUCGCGAGGCGCGGGAGAUUGCGCCGGGGUAUGUGAACUCGGUCACGAUGAUGACGUACUAUAAGCUCGCCAUGUGGACGCCCUGGCCGCUUUGGAAGACGCUCGGUUUGGGGGUGGCGGAAAGUGGCGGAAGGAGAUCGGCGAGGGGGUUGAAGGGGGUGUUGGUUGUGGUGCCGGAGUUAGAUACGAUGAGCUUUCCGGCGCUGCAGAGGCAGUGCUACGAGGAUAUUGAAUGCGAGGAGGGGUUUCAGAAGAGGCUGGUGGAGGUGGAGGGGGCGGGACAUGAGGAUGUGCUGGGGGAGAAAUAUUUGGAGGGGAUAAUUGAGAGAAUCACGACGUUUAUAAAUGGCGUUGUUCUACAUAAAGAGGAUUGAAUGAUUAUACUUUUUAUUUAGCAACAAUGCCUUUGGUAUCACAAGCUGAUAUACAGCUUUAAAUGCUAUUACUAGACCUCUAAAUUCUUACGAUACCUACUAGGUACCUAUGCAUGUAAUAUGGGUGCAUAUCAUUCUCGUUACACCCUGUACGCCGACAACUCCAGCAUGUCUCAGUUAACAUCAUACAUUCGUGACCAUCCUAACCUAGGUUGUAUGCUUACAACAACUAGGUACCUUUUACCAAGAC